GUGAAAGUGGUCCUUAGGGCUACGAUACAAUCUUCAUAUCAUUCAUACCUCAGCAAGAACAGUGUAUAUAAUAAUUGUGACGUUGUUUUUACGUGGAGUGAACGAAAAUUGAGCGGGCAAAAUGUACGGCAUGUUAUUAGAAAGUGUCAAAUUUUUCAUUACGGAGGAAUGCGGACAAGAAAUAUGGGACACUAUAGAGCGAGAAGCUGGCGCCAGAAACACCGUCUUUAUGACGAGACAGCAAUAUCCAGAUACUCUAAUGUUCCGACUGGCAUCCGCACUGACCAGAUUAUUAAAUAUGGAUUCAAACAAUUCAACUGUCUCUAUACCAAGCAGUCCCUUGCAGAAAAAAAAUUCUACCAAGUCCAAAUCAAAUUGGCGGAGUUCUUCAGUCCACGGCGAUAAUAGAGGCCAGAAUUACAAAUGCCCAUUUACAUCCACUAACGCUUUAGCAGCAGUAACUAUGAAACAAUUUGAAGCUUACACCUCCUCGGAAGAAAUCAGAAGCACACACAGCGCUAUUCCUGCUGAAAAGAUUAAGGAAGAUGAACUGACUGCAACAUGCCCUAGGGAUAGAAGAAGUUUGGGCGGCCAUUUGGAACGUAUAAAAGAUAGAAAAAUGUCUGCGGAUGAACUCAUACCAGAAACUGAUAACGUGGAAAGUGCUACAGAACCAGAAACCGCAAAAGAACCUAAAUGUGCUAAGGCACCUGAAUGUGCAAAAGAGCCUAAAUGUGGUAAAGCACCUGAAUGUGAAAAAGAUCCUGAAUGUAGUAAAGAAUCUAAAGGUUCCAGUAGUACGGUUAUUCCCGAGACCCCAAGAAGGAGUUCUUUAAAGCCCACUCCAAGAAAGACAAGUUGCACAGUUGCCCUAGACAUAUACAAACGUCGUGGAUCCGGUAAUGUCCGGCCCAGAUUAAACAGUUAUAAUAUGAGUACAGAAAAAUUAAAUUCAUUGAAAGAGAAGUUUUGUUCGCCCGAUAGGGUCAUGCAUUUUUUUGGGAGGUGUUUUGUCAAAUUCUUUUCUAAUUAUGGCUACGAUAAAAUGAUUCGCGCUACAGGCAGAUAUUUCUGCACAUUCCUGCAAUCAGUGGACAGUAUUCACCAGCGUAUGAUUUAUACGUUCCCACAUAUGCGUUCACCGAGCAUGCAGUUGACUCGCGCGCACAUACACGGCGCAGAGCUUGUGUACAGCAGUGGGAGGACUGGCUUCACUCACUAUCUGAUGGGUCAGUUAUACGAGAUAGCGGAAGAUAUCUUCUCGUUAAAGCUCAAAGUAACCAUAGUCAAGGAGAGCAUGGAGGGUGCUUACUACGUCGCAGUGUUGAGGCUCGAAUUUGACAAUAGCGAUUACGUUCAAUCACUAAUGGCUCGUAAAUCAUUGCCGUGCCUCUUGCCACCAGUGCCAACUUCGCUUCUCGUGCAACUGUUCCCGUUCGGAGUUUUACUUGACAGGAGAAUGAGAAUUCUAAUGGCAGGCGAAAAGCUAAUUCAAGCUUGGGGUGGCCCUUUAAGCAAGAUUGAAAAAUCGUCCGUCAACGAGAUUCUACGAUUGAGGAAACCUAAAGUUUCUUUUACUUGGGAUAAGGUAGUGUGUAUGCAGACAAUUGUGUUUGAGUUGGAGCUGAUGCGUUGGCCCCGUAAAAGUGUAAGCGAGUCCCGUCGAGGGUCCCAAGGUGCGAGAGCAAUCCUGCUUAAAGGACCUAUCUACUUCCUAGAGGAGAUUGAUGCCCUCGCUUUUUUGUGUAGCCCUGUCUUCAACGACCUCGAUGAACUUCGACAAGCGGGGCUCUAUUUAGCUGAUAUGAAUGGGCAUGGACGUUCCAGGGAAUUGGUACUUCAAGGCUGGCAGCACAUCUCAAGAUUACAACUGCUUUUCGACAGGGCUGAAUCUAGGAGUCUUUCCUUAGAAAAAUCGUGCAGACUUCUAGAUGAGUGGAAGAAGAAGGGGGAUCAGCUUUUAUACUCUAUGAUACCAAAGAGUAUUGCGGCGCAGUUGCGUACGGGAAAGAAUGCAGUAGCAGAAUGUUGGCAAAAGAAAUUUGAUUGCGUGACCGUCAUGUUCUGUGGUAUCCAACUGAUGGAGACGGCGACUCGCGCCGACGUGAUGCAAACUGUCAGCUACAUGAACGACGUGUAUUCCCGAAUCGAUCGCUUGCUGGACAGCCAUCGCGUAUAUAAGGUGGAGACGGUAGGCACAGUGUACAUGGUAGUGUCAGGAGCUCCGAAGUGGACACGCGCCCACGCCAAGGAGAUUGCCAGCGCAGCGCUCGCGGUCGCAAACGCUUUGCCUAAGCUUACAAUUGGAAUUCACUCGGGUCCCUGUCAAGCCGCCGUGCUGGGUUUCCGGCAACCUCGCUACUGCUUGGUGGGGGACACUGUCAAUACGGCUAGCCGAAUGCAGACUACGAGCGAGCCUGGUCGCAUCCAGAUUUCUGCUCAGACAAAAGCCGAACUACCUCCCGGAAAAUUCAGGCUUCGCAAAAGAGGUCUUAUCAAAGUUAAGGGCAAGGGCAUGAUGGAGACGUUUUGGUUGGAAGGUGAAGUUGAAGAAGACAACCCAGAAGAAGCUCUGCAGUUAUUCUCCACGCUUUGCGGUGAUGAUUAGGACAACUUUCUUUGUAUCCGACAAGCUAGAAUCCGCAAUAAUAAUCCGAAAUUGAGUUAUCAAGCUCGAGCAUAUAUAUACAGAUUGCCGGAUUAACCACGUAGCAAGUGGCAAAUGCUACGGGCCCCGCAUAUUUAAUACCGCUCAUCUCUGCCUGACUGACAGACGGACACGCACACGCAAUAGUUAUUUCGCCUAUAAUUUACUAAACUAUCAAUUCCCCACAAUAGAUUAAACUAUAUAGCAUUAUAAAUAUAAAUAGCAUUUGAUAGCAAAUACGUAUUGUAUUUAAGGUACGUUUAUACUAGUAGAGUUUUGAAUUGUAUUUUUACCACUAUAUACUUAAGAACCAAAAUAGCAGAUCAAGGGCUCUUUUAAAGAAUUUCUUACGGGCCCCGCGCUUGCUUAAUCAGGCACUGUACAGAUACCUCAGAAACUGUGCUUAGCUCGAUAUCGGUUUAUUAAUACGGCCAGGAUGCAUUCUCAUUGUCUCAUUCAGGAGUUCCAAAUGGGUGGCCGCAAGGCAAGCAGAUUAGUGAGAAAAUACUGUGAGA